AUGAGCGUCCAGGCCCAACCCGGCGACAAAGUCGUGCUCGCCUACAGCGGCGGACUCGACACGUCCAUCAUCCUCAAGUGGCUCACGAACAAGGGCUUUGAGGUCAUUUGCUACUGCGCCAACGUCGGGCAGCAAGGCGAAGACUACGAACAGGUCCGCGCGAAAGCGCUGGCGCUCGGGGCGAAGAAGGUGUACAUUGAAGACCUGCGCGCAGACUUUGUCGAGCACUACAUCUUUGAAGCCGUCAAGGCCAACGCCAUCUACGAGUCGCGGUACCUGCUCGGCACGUCGCUCGCGCGGCCUGUCAUUGCCAAGAAACAAGUGGAGAUCGCCAAGGCCGAGAACGCCAAGUACGUGGCGCACGGGGCCACGGGCAAGGGCAACGACCAAGUGCGCUUCGAGCUCUGUGCGCAAGCGCUGGACGCGCAGCUCAAGACCAUUGCGCCGUGGCGCGACGCCGAGUUCAUUGAGACGUUCAAAGGCCGAGCUGACUUGAUCCAGUACGCCAAAGAGCAGUCGAUCCCGAUCGAUGCGACGCCGAAAGCCCCCUACAGUGUGGAUGAAAACCUCUACCACACGAGCUACGAGGCCGGGAUGCUCGAGGACCCCAUGACGGCCCCCAUGGUCGAGAUGUUCAAGAUGACGGUGGACCCGAAAGACGCGCCGGACACGCCCGAGCAGAUUAGCGUCCGCUUUGAAAAGGGCAUUCCCGUGGGCGUGACCAACUUGACGGCCAAGACGCCCGAGCUGACGGGCGCGCUCGACCUCUUUCUGGAGCUCAACAAGCUCGCGGGCAAACACGGCGUCGGUCGCAUUGACAUUGUCGAGAACCGGUUUGUCGGCAUCAAGUCCCGAGGGUGCUACGAGACCCCUGGCGGUACCAUUCUCCGUCACGCGCACCUCGACCUCGAAGGGCUGUGCAUGGACCGCGAGGUGAUGAAGCAGAACGUGACGGGCUACGUCCACCUCGAGCUCUACAAGGGCAACGUGACGGUCAUUGGCCGCUACUCGGACGAAGCGCUCUACAGCGCGGACCUGGCGUCGAUGGACCAAGAAGGUGGGGGCGACCACUUUGACUACAACCCAGCGGACGCGCAAGGCUUUAUUCGCAUCAAUGCCACGCGUCUCAAGGCCUGGCGAUGCCGUCCGCAGCCCAAGAAGUAG